AUGGCUGUAGUUCAGUUUGCCGGCGAUGGGAAUGGAAACAAUCAUUUGCAACCGCCAUCUAACGACCUUUUGCAGCCGACGAACAGCGAGAUCUCAAAACCCACGAAACGCCAACGAUGGGCAACCCAGCGCAAAACCAACUCUGGCGGCCUGAAGAAGCGCGUCUCCAUCGUCGACCGCUUCCACAGACGCAACCAUUCAAAAGACGAGAAGCGCAAGUCGGGCGCCAGCUCGGCCGAUGGUACGAACGAAACGCCUACGGAAGACGGCGAGCCGGAACAGGAACCCUCUCGCCGUGUCUACUUCAACUGCUCCAUACCUGAUAGUGAGCGUGAUGAGGAGGGUAAUUUGAAGGCCCAUUAUCCGCGUAACAAGAUUCGCACCGCCAAAUAUACCCCGCUUAACUUUAUCCCGAAAAACUUGUGGCUUCAGUUUCACAAUAUCGCCAAUGUUUACUUCUUAUUUAUCAUCAUCCUAGGUUUUUUCGCCAUUUUUGGUGUCACGAAUCCCGGAAUGAAUGCCGUACCCCUGAUUUUCAUCAUUGUCGUGACAGCAUUGAAGGACGCUAUCGAAGAUUGGCGACGUACUGUGCUUGAUGCUCAGCUAAACAACUCACCUGUCUAUCGUCUGGCUGACUGGGAAAACGUAAACGUCAGCGAGGAAGACGUAUCUGCGUGGCGUCGUUUCAAAAAAGCAUGCACUCGCACAGUGAUAGCAACGUACAGGGCAAUGAAAGGAGGUAAAAACAAACAGGUUUCAGAUGGUAAUGAGGAUGAAAGGCGAAUGUCAAUGGCGACCUACCGUCAAUCGAUCUACUCUACACGCGACUCUUACUAUGGAGCCAAUGAGCAAGACGCCAUUCAAAUGACUCCUGUUUCAUCACCACACCAGGAAGCACACGUGAAUGGAUGGCCCGAUGAGGUAAACGGAGCAGGAACAAAUGGAUCUGUACAGCCAGGUCAAUCUGUCCCAGAACAUGUCGCCGCAGGUACCAAAAAAUCAGGUAGUCUUGUCGAUCGUUACAAGCAGACUCCUCAAAAGGCGCGCUUCAAGCGAGAACAUUGGAAGAGUGUCCAAGUUGGCGAUUUUGUGAGAUUGUAUAAUGGCGACCAAAUUCCAGCUGAUAUUGUCAUCAUUUCUUCUUCGGAUCCCGAUGGCGCCUGUUAUGUGGAAACCAAGAAUUUGGACGGAGAGACGAACUUGAAGGUGCGCCAGGCACUACACUGUGGCCGUGAAGUCAAGCACGCUCGAGACUGUGAAAAGUGCGAGUUUGUGGUCGAGAGUGAGGCUCCCCAUGCCAAUUUGUACGCUUACAGUGCUGCCAUCCGAUGGCCACAGCGAGAUCCAGCAAAUCCUGAGGGUCCUCGCAAGGAGAUGGUGGAGCCAAUCAACAUCAACAACUUGCUACUUCGUGGAUGCAGCCUCCAGAAUACUGAAUGGAUUCUAGGAGUAGUCGUAUUUACUGGCCCAGAAACGAAGAUUAUGCUGAACUCAGGCGAGACGCCAACGAAGAGACCACGGCUUGCACGCGAAAUGAACUGGAAUGUUAUCACGAAUUUCACCAUCCUGUUCAUCAUGUGCUUGAUUACUGGUUUCAUCAACGGCUUUGUCUGGGCAUUAACUAACGGCUCAUUGACCUUCUUCGAUUUCGGCUCGUAUGGUGGCUCGCCUGCGGCAGAAGGGGUGGUGGCCUUCUUCACUGGUCUCAUUUUAUUCCAAAACUUGGUUCCCAUCGCGCUCUACAUCUCUCUCGAAAUUGUUCGGACAUUCCAAGCUCUGUUCAUUUAUUUCGAUAAAUUCAUGGUGUAUGAACGUCUCGACAUGGCCUGUGUCCCUAAAUCUUGGAAUAUUUCCGAUGACUUGGGCCAGAUUGAAUACAUCUUCUCCGACAAAACAGGAACUCUAACACAGAAUGUGAUGGAGUUUAAGAAGUGUACCAUCAACGGCGUCUCAUAUGGCGAGGCAUACACAGAAGCUCAAUUAGGUAUGCAGCGCAGAGAGGGCAUUGAUGUUGAAGUCGAAGCUGCCAAAGCUCGCCAAAAGAUUGCAGAUGGCCGUGUGCGCAUGUUGCAGCUCUUGCGGAACAUACACGAUAACCCUUACCUGAAGGAUGAAAAUUUGACAUUCGUUUCUCCUGACUAUGUAGAAUCACUUGCUGGUAAAUCAGGUCGUGAACAGCAACAAGCUACUGAAAGUUUCAUGAUUGCCCUCGCUCUUUGCCACACGGUCAUUACUGAACAUACCCCGGGUGAUCCUCCUCAGAUUGAGUUCAAAGCCCAAUCACCAGAUGAAGCAGCUUUAGUUGCUACGGCUCGUGACUGCGGUUUUACUGUGCUGGGAAGAAAUGGCGAUGACUUGAUCUUGAAUGUCAUGGGCGAGGAACGUACAUACACAGUUCUCAACACCUUAGAAUUCAACUCCACCAGGAAACGAAUGAGCGCUAUCAUUCGCAUGCCGGAUGGAACGAUUCGACUUUUUUGCAAAGGAGCAGACAGUAUCAUUUAUAAUCGAUUAGCACGUGGCAAACAACAGGCGCUCCGUAAGACAACAGCUGAACACCUUGAACUUUUUGCCCGAGAAGGCUUGCGAACUCUCUGUGUGGCUGAACGUAUAUUGGGCGAAGAGGAAUAUCGUGUCUGGAAUGAGUCUCAUGAUUUAGCAGCCCAAGCUCUUACCGACCGAGAGGAGAAACUGGAAGAAGUCUCGAGCGCAAUUGAACAAGAGCUUAUGCUUCUCGGAGGCACUGCUAUUGAAGAUAGGUUACAAGAUGGAGUGCCAGAUACUAUCUCAUUGUUGGCAGAUGCUGGUAUCAAACUGUGGGUUUUGACUGGCGACAAAGUCGAGACUGCCAUCAACAUUGGUUUCUCUUGCAAUCUUUUGAACAACGAUAUGGAGCUCAUCGUCUUCAAUAUUCCAGCAGACCAGCCGGAGCUUGCCUCUGCCGAAUUGGAAAAGAAUCUCGCAAAACUCGGAGUGACAGGAUCUGAUGAAGAGUUGAUUGCAGCCCGUCAAGACCAUAGUGCGCCGCCUUCUACUCACGCAUUGGUCAUUGAUGGCGAUGCUUUGAAACUUAUGCUCGACGAUGAAUUAAAGCAGAAGUUUUUAAUACUGUGCAAGCAAUGCAAGGCUGUUCUCUGCUGCCGUGUUAGUCCUGCUCAAAAGGCUGCUGUCGUAAGAAUGGUGAAAAACGGUUUGAAUAUCAUGGCCUUAUCUAUUGGCGACGGUGCCAAUGAUGUUGCAAUGAUUCAGGAGGCGGACGUCGGCGUUGGUAUUGCAGGUGAAGAAGGCAGACAGGCGGUCAUGUCUUCGGACUAUGCUGUCGGCCAAUUCCGCUUCCUGCAACGGCUGAUUCUUGUUCAUGGACGUUGGAGUUACCGACGUCUUGGUGAGACGACUGCCAAUUUCUUUUACAAGAAUAUCGUGUGGACCGUUUCUCUUUUCUGGUACUCCAUCUACAACAAUUUUGAUGGUUCCUACCUUUUCGAUUCUACCUACAUUGUCUUGGUCAACUUGGCAUUUACCUCGCUUCCCGUCAUUUUCAUGGGUAUAUUUGACCAGGAUGUGGAUGACAAAAUAUCACUAGCUGUUCCUCAGCUAUAUAUGCGUGGUAUCGAACGUAAAGAAUGGUCACCGUGGAAGUUCUGGUUUUAUAUGUUUGACGGCUUUUACCAAUCUUUGAUGUGCUUUUUCAUGCCAUAUCUGCUCUAUGCCCCAGCUACUUUCCAGCGCGGGGAUGGGUUGGCUCUCGAUGACCGGCAACAAAUGGGUAUUCUGGUUGCCUCCGCUGCGGUAGUUGCCAGCAACACGUAUAUUCUACUGAACACUUAUAGGUGGGAUUGGUUGACAGUCUUGAUCAAUAGCAUCAGCAGCCUUCUUAUCUACUUUUGGACUGGCGUUUACUCGUCGACAAUUGCUUCGGCCCAAUUUUAUCGACACGGAGCAGAGGUUUUUGGGUCUUUGAGCUACUGGACGGUAUUUUUGGUCACUGUCGUGCUCUGUCUUCUACCUCGAUUCGUCAUCAAAUCGGUCCAAAAGGUGUUCUUCCCUACAGAUGUGGAUAUUAUUCGCGAACAAGCUUCCCAAGGUCGCUUCAAAUACCUCGAGAAAUUCGAAGCAUAUGUCCCUCCGGCGACGAAGGCAGUCGGUGAAGGGGAGAGUCCUGUUGGCAGCGAUACGUCUGCGGUGUCUUCGGUGGUCAAACCCAUUGAGCCCCAGGUGAGGAGUGAUCCCACCCUUGAUGAGGAUGAGCGACCCAUUUACCCACCCUCCAUCGCCCCCACAAUCACAACUCACAAUCCGCGUAGUCAGAACGGUAGUAAUGGAACCAAUUCUACAGCUGAAAGCUUUGACUUCGGAACCUACCAACGACAUCACCAUUGGGACCGAGAGCCCCAACCUGGCUUGACGGUCAAUCGAAAACGAUCUUCAGCAAACAGCAGCGACUUCCCCAACGGCAAUUUAUUAGCACGAAUUGAGUCGGCCGGUGCAACACCACAGAGUCCUCACAGCCCGUUGAGAAGACCUUAUGAUGUCCACGCUGUAUAG